CUCAUUUCCCUGAAGUUAGCUUCCGUGGUUCUCCGGGAGACUUUUUGCAACGUGGUUCUGCAGCUCCACAAGUAAUCAGAUAAUGUUACAGAUGGAUGAGAACCUAACAGAGGGAAAUGGACCGGCAGUAGCUGUAAAAGACGAGGAUAUGGAGGUUACAGUAACAUCUCAACUAGAAGAUGUCCUGGUGACCUCUGACAAUGCUGAGAUGGUGUCAAACACACAAACACCUUUAGAAGAAGAAAGGGCAGAUGCACAAAUGCACUCAAUAGCAGCAACCGUGUCUUUAGACACGCAUAAGAGCGGCGAGGAUUCUGAGGACUCGGACAGUGACAGCUCUUCCUCUUCCUCAUCAUCUUCCUCCUUCUCUUCUCCCUCUGCACCUGCGGCUGAGGAAGAUGAUGAUGAUGAAGGUUUCAGCCAACCAGCACCCAUCAAAACGCGAGAUGAGAUUCUGCUCGAGGAACUUCCGGCAGUGGAGGAAGUAUGUAUUACCUUACCAGAAGAAGCAGAAUUGCAGCCACUGGGCACCGUGUCGAAUAUCAUACAGCAGAUUGUUAUUAUCCAGUCCCUGAAAGACACGCCCCCUCUUAAUGAUGGCAGCAUUAUCUUCAAGUCUGAUCGGGAGGCUGCGGCCAAGGUGUUUGAGGUAUUUGGCCCGGUGUCCAGCCCGCUGUAUGUUUUACGUUUUAAUUCUGUGGACCAGAUUAUCAGUAAAGGGCUGAAAGAGGGUACUACCCUUUAUUAUGCACCAGCCAUCAAGGAGUACACGGGAUACAUCCUCACACAGCAGCUAAGACUAUUACAGGGAUCAGAUGCAUCCUGGAAAAAUGACCAAGAACCGCCAGAAGAGGCUCUAGACUAUAGUGAUGAUGAGAAAGAGCAGGAAGCAAAGAGGAAACUGAAAAAUGCUAAAAAGAAGGACACUAGCCACACAGACAAUCGUACUCAGAACCCUUCGCAGCGGCAACAUAAGCAUGAUGGGAGGGGCUUCCCACCAAGACAUACAAGGCCUUCUUUCCACCACCAGUACUCAUUCAGACAGACAGAGCCACCACCAGGACACACAAAUUUCCCCCCUAUGUUCAUCCCUACUCCCUGUCCUUACCCUCCACCUCCUCACCAUUUUCCUCCCUCUAACUUCCCUCUCUACCCCCCUCCUCCCCCUCUUCCUCCUCCUCCUCCAUCAUCUUUCUUCAAUCCUGCUUUCUCCACUCCUUUCUGGCUGCCAAACUCUGCCCCCUUUUCUGACUUUCCCUGCCCUCCCCCUCCUCCUCCACCUCCUCCACCUCAGUGACAACUUGCACAAACUAUCAGCAGUGUCUUGUCUCUGAUUGUAAAAUAAAACAUACUUACUGUAGGUGAUAAAGUUGUGUACUUUGCCACUUUUAUGUCUGUUAUUUGUGACACAACCACAUGCAUUGUGUUCACCAUCCUGUAAGAUCAUGAAAGAUCACAUCACAUGAAAAUGAUAUUUUUAUAUUCUAAAAAAAAUCUGCCAUUAAUCUUCAAGCAAAGGCCAAAAAGCAAGCUGGUGUACUCUGAAACGCAGCAUGUUUUCAUCAUCAGCAACUUUCUUUAGUCUUUCCAUGUUGUUAGACAGAUGGUGGACUAAACAGGAACUUAACUGACUGCCAGCAGCUCAUUUUAGUGUCAAAGAGCUGCAUAAAGCUGCAUGUACACUGAAAUUGCUCAGAUUAAGCACUUUAUUUCAGGACUUUUUUAAAAAGCUUGUAUUUUUAAUGCAAACCUCAUUUUACUUGAAAUGAAAAAUUAACAUUUUAUUAUUAGAGUGCGAUCAGCUCAGUGUGAUGAUGAUUAUUAAUAA